UAAUAAAGAAAAAAGCGGAAAGAAAAAGAUAGAAGAAGAAGAAAAAAGAAAGUACACACACGAGAUUAGGAGGAGCUAACACACACACACACGCUUUUGUGUCUGGAACAGAACGCAACUUUUACCCAAACACAUUCUUCUUCUCCUUUUUUAUCUCUUUCUUUACUUACAACAACUCAGAUACAUAAACUCAACAACUCAUACAUAUACAUACAUAUCUCACUCUUCUAUUCUAUUCUAUCCCGUGACUCACUCACUCUCUUUUUCUUUUUCCAUUUCCCUUAAACCAAAAUCACAAAUACUAUCUAUCUAACUAACUAACUAACUCUGUUAUUCUUCCAUUCCACAUGAUUUCUCACCACCAUGCGAUCCCCUCAGCCACUUCGUAACGGCGGUGAUAAUAACCGUUCACCCUCAGCACCUCGUUUUCACUCCACCGUCGCUGAACACAAACUCCGUCGUUUCAAUUCACUCAUCCUCGUUUUCCGUCUCACCUCUUUUUCAUUCUCCCUUGCUUCCUCUGUCUUCAUGCUCACCACUUCCCGCACCUCCGAUUCUCCUCACUGGUACCACUACGACACUUUCCGAUUCGUUGUUGCUGCGAAUGUGAUUGUAGCUGUAUAUUCUCUGUUUGAAAUGUGUGCUUCCGUUUGGGAAAUUUCAAGAGGUGCAACACUGUUUCCUGAAGUGUUGCAAGUUUGGUUUGAUUUUGGCCAUGACCAGGUGUUUGCGUACCUGCUAUUAUCGGCGAGUGCGGCGGGGACAUCGAUGGCGAGGACGUUAAAGGAUAUGGACACGUGUACGGUGAGUAAUUCGUUCUGCGUACAAUCGGACAUUGCAAUAGCGUUAGGAUACGCGGCGUUUCUGUUUCUAGGGUUUACGUCGUUGUUAUCUGGAUUCCGUCUCGUCUGUUUCAUAAUCAACGGUUCUCGUUUUCAUCUCUGAAUGAAUGAAUCUUUUCCGAUGAUUUUUGCGUGGAAACGACGUCGUAGGCGAAUGCCGGGAAUGAGUGUGAGAUAGAGGGAAUAUUUGGGUGGGGCCGGGAGCAUUAUUUUAUCGGUACUCUCAAUAGGAUGAUGUGAUUUGAUUUGGGCUAAUAUGAUUGGCAGAAGUACUCUGAGUUGAAAAAUAUAAGCGUGACUUUGAAUUUUGAGCCAAACUAUACCUACUAGCUAGGCUAUAGUAGCAAAAGUAUUUGUACCUUGGAGUAUUCCAAUAAUUCUAUUGAUUUUUCCAUUUAAUUUAUAAGCUGGUUAGUGUAUUUUGAAAAUGGAUUUCCUGCCUUAACAGUGUUAGGCGUCCGAUCUGAAUUAACGGAUAAAAUUUAAUUGUA